UUUCUCUCUCCUCUCGUCAUCCCUAUCUCCCCUUUUGCCGGUCGAUUAUCUCUCGACCCGCAUUAAUUCUUUACCCAACGCAACUUUAAGGCUGGUUUAUGCAAGGCCGUAACUGUUAAAUUAUAUCGGAAUCGGUAAAAAUUGUCCAAUCGCCGUUAAAAGCGAAGAGAUUAGUCGACUGUAAUUGGUCAAUUUUUACCGAUUCCGGCGUAAAUUAACGGUUACGGCCUUGCAUAAACCGGCCUUUAUUCAACAACCGCCGUAAGAAGCUCGUAACGCCAGAAUUUCAAUUGUUCGAUGGCAUGCAUUUAAAUUGACAGGUUAAGGCGCGAUAAUGUUUCCUUAAUAUGAAAAAUAAAAAGUUGCGAUUUGCUCGGCUCCCGACAACCUUCUGGAGAAAUUAAUUUUCGCAAAAUGACUGCUGGAAUGGAACUACUAAUAACGGCGGAGCCACACUUCAUUCCAGGGUAGACACUUCUAAGUACCUCGAUUGCAAUCGAAUCUGAUUGUAUUCUAAAUAAUUAAUAACCGUUCUUUAAUAAUCCAAUGAUCCAUUGCAUUAAGAGGCUGACGGCGCCGCGGUUAAAGUGCUUUUGCGAAUUUCAAGAAGGUAGCACGGCUAUAUGCUUUUCAGGUAUUCCGGUUAUUGUCCGCAGUUCCGAUUCAGUUGCGGCGAAACGUACGCAAAGGCUACGCAUAAACUGCUGCUCGAUCCUACGAUUAACCACGCGAGUACGCUCGUCCUGGCGAAUCGCGCCGACGAUUACGAGGCAUGGCGACCAUUCAAGAGCGAUAUAAACGUGGUCAAUACCCGUUUCAAGAGGAUCGAUCCACUUUUCGUUCACCCCAUGGUGCCAGGAUACGAGGGUUUCGUACCGGGAACGUACGCCGGUCUCGGACAAAGAUACGCGGUGCGCGCGACCGAAGGUCUCGCCGACUUCGAGCGACAACAAUUACGGAAUAAGGCGGUUUCGGAUCGCCUGAGAAGAACGGUUGCCGUGCAAUGCGGGCAAGCCGAGCCGCGGAAUUUGGAGGAACGUCUGCUAAUCAAGAGCCAAUUUAAACUGCCUCUGCUUACCGUGCGACGUGAAUAUGCGGCGGCGAUGAGCGAUUCAUCACUAGACAAGAAGUGCGAAACAUCGAAAAGCUACACGUCGUUGUUUCACUACUUCGUAAUAAAAGGAUACGCGAUUCAUAUUCCUCACGGCUACGUAUCUUCCGGAACAUUGAUCGUCCCGUCGUCUGACAAUGUAUUAUGCAGUGUUGCAAAUUGUCGGAAAAGACAGAGUAGAAAAUACAGAGUAAUGACUAACGUUUACCCCGAUCCCUCAUUACUUGCUCAGUCCACUGAGAUCUACCACGAAAACGUCGGAAUGAUACCGAAUUAUCUUGGGUAUAUUCCAGGAGCCAUAUUCAGGCAAGUUUAAUUAAUCAAUUGAACACAAUGAAUUAGAGUAAUAUAUACCGUCAAUAAUAUAAAUAUGAGGAUGGGAGGAUCCUAGGAUGUGUAUCAACCCGGAGAUUUAAGAAUUCAAAAAUUCAAGCUCUAAGAAUGAGGAGUUGGAUCUUAACAAUGAGAGUCCGAGGAAAUGAGAGGACUCGGGGAUUUAAGAAUCCGAGGAUCUAAAUUAAAAAGAAACAUCACAUUUUUUUUCACCAACCUUUUCACUUUGCAGGUGUGGUAAAACGUUCGCAGUUGAUUCAAGAGAUGUCAAGAAAUGGCUUCGAAGACAUUCCGACCUGUAAUCUAACAUCCCAGCAAUAUCGUUUAUUCGAUCGAUUACUCUCAAUCACAUCAAUCGCAUGGUCACUUAAUCGAACUCGUUAAAAUAUGUAAAGAUUUACAAAUUGGCAUCUACGUUGAUAAAUUUAACAUUACAAAUAUAACGGGGCUAAAUCAGCUAUUAAUUCUAGAUUCAUUUUAGAUUGAUUCUAGAUAAAUACGUAUAAAAAUUGUAGUAAGUCAGGGUAAUUAUGUAUAAUUCCUUCCUAAUUGUAUCAAAUAAACUUUCUAUGCACCAAACGUAUUCGAGCAGCACGAGAGCUACGCGAAAAGUUAAUGCGGUGGCACUUAUCAGUAGUCACCGAACAUACGUACACAUAUGUAUAUGCACAUAGUCGCAAUUAAUGGGACGCCCACUUCUUCAAGAUAUCGGCGGCUGCUUUCAAAUUUUCGUCCUUCUGUUAAAA